UCGUUAAUUUAUUUUCUGCUUACAAUUCCCUGAAUCUCCUGAAUUGCUUCUCCACUCGUUUUCUCCAUCUGCUGAUUUACUCACGCGGAACGUCAUUUGUGAAUCAGUUGACCUCUCGAACCCUGUGCAUUAAACAUUGGGCGGAGAAUAUGGAAUACUUUUGUAAUUUCUGGUUACUGUAGAACGGCAAAAGUGCUAUGCUGUGCAGCCUGUGCUGCAUCCAGCUGAUGCAAACGUCCAUGAAUCAUGGACACUGACGAAACCUGCCUAAGCGAAUUGUUUCCAGCUGGCAUCCCAAUCCCAGAAUGAUCCCCUGGCGCCGAGCAACUCGUAUCGCAGCAUCCAGGAUACCAUUCCCUUCCACAGCCAGCCGAGGGCAACCGUUGCGGCUGUUCGCACUGGACGGCGAUAUUCUCUGGCCGUCCUGGUCGUGCCGCCCGGGCGACCGAGGCCUCGCCACGGCCCGCCCCUUAGCUGCCCUCCCGUCCCAGGGCAACAACACUACAACCCGCGAUAUUUCCCGACCUUUUGCCCCGCAAGCGCCCUUCCCCGUCAAUGCCGCCGAGAUCAUUGAGGAAGUGAGAACGAGGCUAAACAGGUUAGGAGAUGCCGCGAGUGCGGAUGACAGCGCCGCAUCCGGCUCGUUCCCGGUGGAGGAAGUGGUCGCGACGCUGCAGCGCGACGGAUACGCGGCCUUCCGCGGCCAACAGGCGCAGCUGUUCAGCGUGGCCGAUGAGCUGGCCCCCCGGCAGUGCCUGCUGCUGGCGUCGGCCUGCCAGCUGAUCCUCCUGCAGCGCCGCUCCCGCCUGAAGGUCCUGUCGGCGACGCUGGCCGCCCCGGGGGAGCUGUCCGACAGUGCGCUGCAUGCGCUUCGCAGCUGCCGUGACACCGAGCGCGAAGCGGUUCUAGGCGUCGCGGGCGGGAUGAGUAAAGCUCUGCGGUAUGCUGUUUCCGAGGAGCUGCGGGUGGAGCUUGGCAGCGUCGUUGAGCCGUUAGUCGGUCAGCUGUUUACCGGUGGCGAUCGCCAAGAGACGACGGCGCGCUUCCUGGCUGUGCUGGACACUCUGCUGUCCACCGUCGGCCGCUUGAUUAGCGGACACGAACUCCCGGAAUCCCUGGAAAUGUCUAAUAAACCGGCGUUGAUCCGCGACCUGGACCAGGUGCAGGCCCUGGUGGCCGCCCGGCUGUUCGCGACGGAUGUAGCAUUCGCUGUGGGAUUGCACAGUGAUUACGACACCGCGGACUGGGAGUACUACGCGGACGAGUACCGCGGCUCGUGUCGCCUUCUGGUACACAUGAACUGGACGUACGCCGUAGCCCGCGCCUCCGCCGUCCACAGCGGUGCCGUCAGCCAGCUGAUGGACGCGGUCAAGAAGCAGCUGAACCCCUCGAUUGACGAUGAUGAUUUUACUUCUUAUGCAGCAGUGGAUUUGGAGGGGAUUGCCGACAGGCUGGGCUGCGGCAUAGUGUACAAAGCGAAAGUCGAUGAGAUACUGACGUUUUCCAGUUUGUUAACGGGAGAUGCUCCCAGUCCGGAUGUCAUCGCUUGUCAAGUGGCUUUCACCCACGAGAAGACCACACACGCGUUCCUAAAAGCGGCUAAUCUGCUGGGCCCGGCGACGCAGAUCCAGUAUUGCCUUGCCGUCAAGUUCAGCGAUCAGCCGCCGGAACAGGAGGCAUUCUGGGCGGCCCUGUACGUUUUUCGUCGCGUCGCCGAUCCCCGCACUAUGACGCCGACCAACGAGGUGGAUAGUCGAGCCGCGCCGGGCGCUAAAGGUCAUAAGAAACCUUUCGAAGUGAGCGGCGAGAAAGUGUAUGAUCGGCAGGUGCAGACGAUGUCGGCCGCCGAUAUCCUGCGUGUUUUUGAUAUGCAUCUCGUGUAUACGCACCGCGCCGUCGAAAGCAACAUCCACGACCGUGUGCAGUUCAACCUGGAUAUCUUGUAUCCAGACGGAUCCUCCCGGCAGUUCACCGUUCCCUUGGGCCGGUAUUUUGUGCAACUGUUGAAGGAUUGGAAGGGGUACUGGUGCAGGCGCAGCAAGAAAACGGCCAAGUAGUUACGUCCUCGUAUGACCCCGCCUCACGAUGAUUUUGAAGAGCUUUUCUGUUGACCUUGCUUCUUUUUACCUGUUGAAUCCGAAUUCUUUUGACGUGUUUUUCCUGUUUUUAAUUUUCCUAUUUUUAAUGCUCUCUUCAAAGUCCAAGUUCAGAAGAGUUCGGAAGCAAAAGUACAAAUAACUUAAUUAAUCUGUAACUUUGUCCAAUGAAAAAAUCGAAGAUACCAAUAUGA